AUGUCGUCAAAGAGCCACCCCAUGCAUCCAGCGGUCGUCCAUUUUCCCAUUUCGUUCACAGCGAUUACUGGUGCGUUAGAUGGGAUCUACUGGUUGUCUAAGAUCCCGGCCACUGCGGGCUUGGUCAACUCGGUGUUCAAGUCAUUCGACAAGAGCGUCCAGCCCAACGUAUUUCCCGUGUUAUCCUACUACAGCACCAUCAUCACGAUUCUCACUACCCUCCCAGCCAUCGCGACCGGUGUCGUCCAGCUCGCUCCGGUAAUCCAACGUGAUGGUUUCCAGUCGAAGAAAGCAAAGAUCGGUGCGGUACACGCGUUGCUCAACGAUGUUGCGCUUUUUGGUACCAUCUACAACUGGUGGACUCGUAGCCAGCAGGCCGGCUUCACACCGAGCACUACGAAUGUACUUGUCAGUGUAGCUCUUGCUUUACCGCUUACCAUGUAUUCGGGCUAUCUAGGCGGGUCGCUUGUAUAUGAGUACGGCAUGGGCUUUUCCAGGAGCAGCCCUGUCAAGAAGGCGCAGUAA